UGUCUCAUUUGCUUCGCUCGCCGCUCACUUGAUCAGUCAAGUGCUAUACCGGGCGCAGUCAUGGCGUCCUCACAGUCGGAAAACCCCAACACCGAGGGGGACAGCGCGAAGGCCCUCAUCUAUUCCUAUUCAAAUCGGACCUGGAGGGCUUUCCUUGACCUUCUUCCCUCUCGUGAUUUGAGUCUCCUCGCAAAAAUCUCAAAUCUCUACCCACAGGGCCUCACUGCUGGCUUUCGGAAGCGGCGAUCUGGUCUCCCUCUCCUGCUUUACCCCAACGCACUCCACUCUUCGCCGGUUGCAGCAGAAGCAUCCAGAAUAUUUGUCAUAUUAGAAGAUAUAAGGGCGCAUACUUUGUCAAAUUUACACAAAAUACAUAAAAGUUUGGCAUUCUGGCAAGCUCGGGCAGUGGAAACAGACUAUCAAAAGGUGUGGUUCAUGGUUUUCAACAGAGGACCACGAGCCUUUAUUUAUGAAUCAUUUCAGAUUAUAAGAAAACUCGCCACAUAUGGGCAUCCAUUUCAGUCUAUCACCCACUCUGCCGUUGAUACAAUAUCUCUUAAAAUUGCCAUAUUAACAACUCUACAACGUUGCUUGGCUACAUUCCUCGCUCAGGUUUAUUUAGAGGUCAACAAAUUUGGUGAAUUGUUAAUUGCGGAUCCAGAUAAGUCAUUACUGCCGUUAUUGGCGGCCAUUGAUAACCUUUUCUGCAAGUUGGAAGCAUCCAUUAGUCAUCCUAGCGAAAUAUACAAUUUGAACAAUGAUUCACUUUCUAUGGGAAGCGGCAACUCCUGUGCACUUCUUUUUGAGAAACUUCCAAACAUGGAGCAUGUAGAAACACAUUGGACCGAUACUGAAAUAAGGGAUUCCACUAGUUUGAUUCAUCAAAAUCUUCAACGACUUGAUUCCUAUCUAUCAUUCAUGCUUUCCAGUUGUCAAAAACCGAACAGAAUGACCUUAUACUGGCUUCGCUACACCUGUGGAGCAGUUGGCCUUUCUGCAUGUUCAUUUUGGGUUUUACGGCACAGCAGCUUAAUGGGAAGUUCUGAUAUCGACAACUGGAUACGGACUGCAAAAGAAUCCACUACGGCAUUUUGGGAAGAGCAUGUAGAACUACCUCUUAUAUCUAUUAGGGAUGAGCUUUUUGAGACUUUCCGGAAGAGACACAAGGGAGUUAUGGAAAUGGAAGAAGUGCAAUUGACUGCAAACUCUCUUCACAGGAUGCUGCUAGCUUUCAGCGAACAAACGAAGGGCCAGAAGCUUCCAGAAAAUCUAACAGAUCAAGAAAUGAUGGAAAUAGUAAUGUCCAGAUAUGAGAAGGAGGUUAUGCAUCCACUUCAAAAUCUCAUUGGUGGAGAGCUUGCUCGAGCGAUGCUUAUUCAGAUUCAAAAGCUUAAAUUGGAUCUUGAGACAGCAAUGCUUGAACUGGAUCAAAUUCUUAAAGCAAAUGAGAUCAACUUUGCUGUUCUUGCUGCACUCCCAGCUUUCUUUAUAUCAAUUAUUCUGCUCUACCUUGUAAGGACAUGGGUGCUUCAGGACAAAGGGGAAGAAGGUAGAGGAAGAGUUGCUCGAAUUCGGAGGCGGCUUCUUUUAGUCGAAGUUGAAGAAUGGAUAAUGCAAUUCCAAGUCAGCACGGAACAAGGAAUGGAGGAAGAUGCUGCAUGGAUAUUUGGAAUGAUGAUCUAUAGCCUUGAUCUACUUUGCAAAGCUGUUGAAAAGAAUGCAAAAGAAACUCAUGAAUGGCCAAGGCUGAGACAGGAUAUUAUUAAGCUAAUGAAAACAGAAGUGCAGAUUGAUCACAAACUUGCCGUUAUUUCGCGCAUGGGGAGAAUGUAUGACUGCCUUCUUCCAUACUCAAAACAGCGUUAAUUGGCCCUUUGGCUGUAUUUUGCCGUAGUUUUCUAUAGACAAUGAUCGUGUAAAAUACUCCUUUGUUUUUGUAGUCAUCCGAAGUUUAAAAUUUUGAUUAUCACCGUCUGUUUUGUUUAAUUGGUCCUUAACCACUCAUGUCAAUGCGUUGCUGCACUGAACUAGCAUCAGGAAUAUCAUUUGCCUUCUUUGAUGGUUCCUUUGUUUUAAUUUAUUUGAACAAUUAUAUGGUCA